GCGAUUCAGGUGGCGGGUGCACUUCGUCUGCCAGUCACAUUCUUGAAUUGGUGGAGCGAUGGACCUUAGCUUCGUCUCGCUUGCCCUCUCGGGGGCAUCCGCGCUCCGUGGCCACUUCAUCAACACGGCGCACGUGCUCUCGACGACGUCGUCGGAGGCCAAGAACUAUGCGUUGCCAUGGCAGCAGUGCGGCGGCAAGCACUACAAGGGGCACACCAAGUGCACACCUGGUCACCUCUGCAAGCACCUCAACGACUGGUGGUCGCAGUGCGUGCCCGACCCGUCGCUUAAAGGCCCGCCAACGUACUCACAGUGCGGCGGCAAGGGCUUCGAAGGCGAGACAACGUGCCGUGACGGUGACAUGUGCGUUGUCCUGAGCAAGUACUAUUCGCAGUGCGUGCCCAUGGUCAUGCCACCCCAGUACAAACAAAAGUGCACGAACGUCAACGUGCUUGGCGACGCGACGUACUGCAUUAAGGGCCCCGUUUGCGGCAGCGAGGACGAAGAAGGCCACAAGUGCCCGAAGAAGGGUGACAUUGCCGUCGGCAACUGCCUCAGCCAGCUCAAGAGCUACGUCGCAUUCGCCAAGUGCGUCGCACCCAAGGAUGCUACGUGCCAAAAGACCGAGUUUGGCGAGUCUAUCUGCUCGUUCAGCAAGAUUCACAUCAAGACGACGAAGGCUACGGCCACCGAAGCACCGUCUACCGAAGCACCGCCUACAUCGGCCACUGGCGACAAGAACAGCACCGCGAUCGUCAUUGACACCCCUGCGGUUGUCAACAUCACGGUUCGUGGCAACGAAACGAUCCCCGUCAUUGCCGUAAUGCCGUUGAUAUUCGGCAACGACACAUCUAGCAACGCGACCGACGACGAGGUCGUCACGACUUCGGUCCCGCCCGUUACCAUGAUCUCGGUCAACACCAGCGCCACGAACAAGACCAACAAGACGUUGGAGACAAUCACACCACCCAGUACCACGAUUGUUGCCGUGAAUGCGACGAGUGCUUCGGACGAUGUGAUCAUCGCACCGACCAACAUCACUGCCGCGCCAGUCGACGACGUCAUUGUCGCACCUGUGGCCAACACCUCGCUAGUGCUCAACGUGACGGCGGCACCGACUCAAGUGGUUGUGGUCUCUCCCAACGCGACGCAGGAACCGACGACGGAGACGAUUUUGUUUCCUGUCAGCGCGCCAAACGGAACGGAUGCGCCUGCGACGACAGCCGCGACUACGCUUCUAGUCAAUGUGACGGGUGCCAAUGCCACGGAGACGAGUGACGUCAUUGUCUUCCCGACGCUGAUCUAAGUUGAAUAUAUGACCUCGUCAUGGUCGUGAAGUGUGAGAGCAAUGUGGAUAAUUUCAGCUAUAAUUUCAAUGAGGAAUUUUUCGCACGCCCCGCGAGGUCCGGAGGGCUA